AGCCGUUGCAGCUUUUCGAAUAACAUGGGCAGAGAAGGACAUGGCGGAGGACGGGGCUGGGAUGAUGGAACGAGUCUUGACCAGCGUCUUCAGCUUCUUCGGAAGAGAAGAAACUGAGAAAAAACCUAGGAUAUCCACCUUCUAUUGGAACCAGGAGAAGCGCAUAGUCCAGCGCUUGGAAGAGGAGGUGAGCACAUGCGUGGAGAUUUGGCAUAGUUAUGUCCACCCGCGCGUGCGCAGCAUCUUUUCCUUCGCAGAGCUGGAUGUCAUCCUUUUUCAGCUGGCGCGGAAUGUGAACAAAGACGAGGAUCCUAUCACUGGGGGAUCCGAAGAUUGCGUUCUGUGGCAUGGUGAUAUCACGGUCAACAACAAGAUGGAAGUGCAAGCGGCCCUGUGUAUCGUGCACAAGGAUCAGACGAAAACCGUUGGUUUCACCAACCGUUUGCUCUCUUUCAUCUUUGCGGACGACGACUCGUAUGCCCUUUUGCAGAAUUUGCCUGUCACCAAAGAUGCCUUACAGAUGGCUUGUGGCAAUCAGCUUUGUGUGAAUUUGGCUCACAUUUCCAUUUGAACCACUUCGCACUGCUGUUAGGCGAUUUCUGCAAUCAAUGAGCAGCAAGUUUUCAAAGGCUAUGCGAUCCAUAGAUUUUUUUAAGACACAGUGAAGGGAGCGUCAGACUCAGUUGAUGAGGAUGGCUCGAGCUGUUUGGAGCCAACGAGGCUAUGCACCAUGAGUCC